AUGGUGAUGGCAGUGAAGAGGAUGGUGAUGAUGAAGAAGAAGAAAAUGGUAAAGAAGAAGACGACGAAGAAGAAUAAGACGACGACGAAGAAGGAGGUGACGACGACGAAGAAGAAGACGACGACGAAGAAGGAGGUGACGACGACGAAGAAGAAGACGACGACGACGACGACGACGACGACGAAGAAGACGACGACGACGAAGAAGACGACGACGAAGAAGACGACGACGACGACGACGACGACGAAGAAGAAGAAGAAGAUGACGACGACGACGACGACGACGACGACGACGACGAAGAAGAAGAAGAAGACAACGACGACGACGAAGAAGAAGAUGACGACGACGACGACGACGACGACGAAGAAUAAGAAGAAGAAGAAGAUGACGACGACGACGACGACGGCGGCGGCGGCGGCGACGAAGAAGAAGAAGAAGAAGAAGAAGAAGACGACGACGACGACUACGAAGAUGACGACGACGACGACGACGACGACGACGACGAAGAUGACGACGACGACGACGAAGAUGACGACGACGACGACGAAGAUGACGACGACGACGAAGAAGAAGACGACGACGACGACGAAGAAGACGACGACGACGACGAAGAAGACGACGACGACGACGAAGAAGACGACGACGACGAAGAAGAAGACGACGACGACGACGAAGAUGACGACGACGACGACGAAGAUGACGACGACGACGAAGAAGAAGACGACGACGACGACGACGAAGACGACGACGACGACGAAGAUGACGACGACGACGAAGAAGAUGACGACGACGACGAAGAAGAUGACGACGACGACGAAGAAGAUGACGACGACGACGAAGAAGAUGACGACGACGACGAAGAAGAUGACGACGACGACGACGACGACGACGACGAAGAAGAAGAAAGAAGAAGAAGAUGACGACGACGACGGCGGCGGCGGCGGCGUAGAAGAAGAAGAAGAAGAAGAAGAAGACGACGACGACGACUACGAAGAUGACGACGACGACGACGACGACGACGACGAAGAUGACGACGACGACGACGAAGAUGACGACGACGACGACGAAGAUGACGACGACGACGACGAAGAUGACGACGACGACGACGAAGAAGACGACGACGACGAAGAAGAAGACGACGACGACGACGAAGAAGACGACGACGACGACGAAGAAGACGACGACGACGACGAAGAUGACGACGACGACGACGAAGAUGACGACGACGACGACGAAGAUGACGACGACGACGAAGAAGAAGACGACGACGACGACGAAGAAGACGACGACGACGACGAAGAUGACGACGACGAAGAAGAUGACGACGACGACGAAGAAGAUGACGACGACGACGAAGAAGAUGACGACGACGACGACGAAGAUGACGACGAUGACGAAGAAGAUGACGACGACGACGAAGAAGAUGACGACGACGAAGAAGAAGAUGACGACGACGAAGAAGAAGAUGACGACGACGACGAAGAAGAUGACGACGACGACGAAGAAGAUGACGACGACGACGAAGAAGAUGACGACGACGACGAAGAAGAUGACGACGACGACGAAGAAGAUGACGACGACGACGAAGAAGAUGACGACGACGAAGAAGAUGACGACGACGACGAAGAAGAUGACGACGACGACGAAGAAGAUGACGACGACGACGACGGAGAUAACGACGACGACGAAGAAGAUGACGACGACGACGAAGAAGAUGACGACGACGACGAAGAAGAUGACGACAACGACGAAGAAGAUGACGACGACGACGAAGAAGAUGACGACGACGACGACGGAGAUAACGACGACGACGAAGAAGAUGACGACGACGACGAAGACGAAGAUGAUGAUGAAGAUGAAGAUUAUGCAGAUGAUGAAGAAAAUGAAGUAGAUGAUGAAGAAAAUGAAGUAGAUGAUGAAGAAAAUGAAGUAGAUGACGAAGAAAAUGAAGUAGAUGACGAAGAAAAUGAAGUAGAUGACGAAGAAAAUGAAGUAAAUGACGAAGAAAAUGAAGUAGAUGAUGAAGAAAAUGAAGUAGAUGAUGAAGAAAAUGAAGUAGAUUAUGAAGAAAAUGAAGUAGAUGAUGAAGAAAAUGAAGUAGAUGAAGUAGAUGAUGAAGAUGUAGAUGAAGUAGAUGAGGAAGAUGAAGAUGAUGAUGAAGAUGAUGAUGUCUGCUUUUUUGAUAAGAGAGACAGCCGUUCUUCCAGUGCAGUAUAUGCCAGUGGAUUAGCAAGCAAGGAAAAUUAUUCUGGCCUGCUUUAA